AAUCUAAACAAGGACACGAGAGCGGCGAGACGCCAAAAAGAGGACUUUAGACGGAUUGCACAUUUCAACUUGAUUUUCAUCAUCACAGACUGACAGGCUCCACCAUGAGAUCCCUUGCUUUGCUUGUAUGUCUGCUCUGGGGCUUCGGCACCUUGAGGGAUGGAUGGAGCCUUCCCCUCAAGUCAGUCCAGGUCACAUUUCCAGGAGACAUCAUCAAAAACAUGACUGAUAUGGAGCUGGCACGAAGUUACCUGACCAAGUUUGGCUACCUGGAAAGCCUGAAGCGCAGUGGCUUUCAAUCCAUCGUGUCCACCUCCAAAGCUCUGAAGAAGAUGCAGCAACAUAUGGGUCUGGAAGUAACAGGUCAGCUGGACUCGGCCACCCUUGAGGCUAUGAAGCAGCCGCGCUGUGGCCUUCCCGACGUGGCCAACUACAAAACAUUUGACGGAGACCUUAAAUGGGACCACAAUGACAUUACUUACAGGAUCCUAAACUAUUCUCCAGACUUGGACAGCUCCCUGACUGAUGAUGCAUUUGCCAGAGCUUUCAAAGUUUGGAGUGACGUCACCCCUUUGACAUUCACUCGUCUCUUUGAAGGGACGGCGGAUAUCAUGGUCUCAUUUGGAAAAGGCGACCAUGGAGACCCAUACCCCUUCGAUGGUAAGGAUGGCCUCCUGGCACACGCUUACCCUCCUGGCAAUGGAAUCCAGGGAGAUGCCCACUUUGAUGACGAUGAAAACUGGACACUAGGAAAGGGGGCAGUGGUGAAGACCCGCUAUGGGAAUGCUGAGGGUGCCAUUUGCCACUUCCCCUUCACUUUUGAGGGCAAGUCCUACACAUCCUGCACUACCGACGGCCGCCAGGACAAUCUCCCGUGGUGCGCCACCACCACUGAUUUCAGCAAAGAUAAAAAAUAUGGCUUCUGUCCCAGUGAACUUCUAUACACUUUUGGAGGGAACGCAGACGCCGCACCCUGCGUGUUUCCGUUUGUAUUCCAAGGGAAGGAGUACAGCAGUUGUACCACGGAGGGCCGCGAAGACCGCUAUCGCUGGUGUGCCACCACAGACAACUUUGACCAGGACAAGAAAUACGGAUUCUGCCCCAACCGAGAUACUGCGGUCUCCGGAGGAAACUCUGAAGGAGAGCCAUGCCACUUCCCAUUUACGUUCCUUGGCCAACAGUACGACACGUGCACUAGUGAGGGCCGAGAUGAUGGCAAGCUCUGGUGCGCCACUACCGCCAGCUACGACAGCGACAAGAAAUGGGGCUUCUGUAAUGACAGAGGUUACAGCCUGUUCCUGGUGGCUGCCCACGAGUUUGGACACGCACUCGGUCUGGACCACUCCAGCAUUCGACAGGCACUGAUGUACCCAAUGUACACUUACGUGGAGAACUUCUCCCUGCAUAAAGAUGACGUUGCGGGCAUUCAGUAUCUCUAUGGACGUAGAACAGGCCCAAAUCCCACACCCCCUAGGCCUCGCACCACGACUACCACCACAACUCAGGUUCCUACUACCACUACUCAAAAACCUGUGGAUCCCACAGCCAAAGAUAUUUGCAAAGUUAACAGCUUUGACACCAUCACCAACAUUGAAAACAAUUUGUAUUUCUUCAGCGACGGAUAUUACUGGAAGAAAUCCAGCAGCAGAAAUGAUGGCGAGCUCAAAGGUCCAUUCAGAGUUUCUGAACGUUGGCCGGCACUGCCGACAGUCAUUGACGCAGCUUUUGAAGAUCUUUUCACGGGGAAACUUUACUUCUUCUCUGGCCGCCAGUUCUGGGUAUAUACAGGACAGAACGUUCUGGGCCCUCGCAGCAUUGAGAAGCUUGGCCUACCCGCCAGCGUGAAGAAAGUUGAGGGUGCGCUGCAGAGGGGAAAAUCCAAAGUUCUGCUCUUCAGUGGAGAUAAAUACUGGAGGCUCGAUAUGAAGGCCCAAAUGGUCGAAAGGGGAUACCCACGAUAUACACACACAGCCUUUGGCGGUGUUCCCAGUGAGCCUCAUGAUGUCUUCGAGUUUAACGGUCACAUCUACUUCUACUGGGACCGCUUCUACUGGCGAAUGACACCUCGCAAGCAGGUGGACCGCGUCGGCUACAUCAAGUACGACUUGCUGGCGUGCUCCGAUUCUUGAAGGGGAUCGGAAAUCACUUGGAAUCAGGCAAACCGUUAAUCAGUGUUUACGUGCGAUGCCUGAUGUCUUCCGGGGUUCACCGUAGGCCGUCCUUCACUGGUGUGACACCAUUGCAUUGGCCUCAAAGCAUAUAAACAACAUUGCCCUUGAUGUGAUUUCAUGUGAAAUUGCAGUAUAAUAAUGGCCAACAUUGGCGGCGAAUCAUUUGGGGUUUAAAUAGGCUCAAUUCCAGGUUGUUUGAAUAAUUUAUACCAAAAGUGUCUGACAGGUGCAGACUUAACAGUAUUUGAUUGUUUUGCUAUUUUUGUGUUUUUAAGAUUUGUGUUUUUAUUUUUUUAUGGUUUCAUAGCCAAUACUUGCACUGAAUUACAAUGCAUGGCUCUUUUUAAAUUAUUUAUGCAUUUUCUGAAAUUUCAAUGCAAUAAACUUUUAGCUAAAUGUGAUGGUA